AUGACGUCGAGAGCGCGCACGCCAACGACGGCGACGACGUCUUCUUCGAAAACAACUUUUAACUCGAGAUUUCAGACAAAAAAGACGAGCAAAAGUUGCCGCGUGGUGUCCUCGAAAAGUGGUGGUUUUCAUCGACAAAAUCGAAAUCGUUUUGGGGAAAAUGUGCACAGAAACAACGUCAUUUUGGGAGGAGGACAAGAGAUCGCGCAACUCGCGGAUUGGGACGAAGAGACGAUAACGACGGUUAUCGCGGCGGUGUUGGGCAUCGGCGCCGGGUUAGGGAUACCGAUUUUCUUCGUCACGCAAGAAGCCAGAGAUAAGGAGAGAAUCGAGGAGAUUCGAGAGUUGAACCGAGCGACGUUGAAAGCGACUGGGGAACAGAUGAGCGAGGAGGAGAUUAAGGAGUUACGACCGAAUCGAUACUUGGACAGACGAGAAUUUAAAGAUGACGAUUAA